GCGGAGCCCGCAGCACCUGUCGCCCGGUGCAUGGGCGGGGAGGGCGGUAGGGGACAUGGCCUGGUAGGGUCUCCUGGGGAGAGCGUACAGAGUUCAUUCCCCGGCAGGGCAGGACGAGGGAGGGAGGGUCCUUCCUUGAUCUUUGCGCGGCCUGCGGCAGCAUGAAAAAAAACCAGACUGUGCAGGGCACCUUCAGCAAACUCUUCGGAAAGAAGCAUUCCAACCCCACCGCCACCUCUCUCUACGCCACCAACCCCCCCUGGAUUUUCACCCAAGAGGCCCCGGAAGAGGGGUCCAGGGAUUUUGAUGGAAUCUGUUAUGGAGACAACCGGUUUGACUCAGUGAGUGAGUCUGGAACAGCCACACUGAAAGCUCGGCCAAGAGUCCGGCCCCUGCUGACCUUCCUUCCACUGAAUUCUCAGGAGAACCAUGGGCUGGCUGUGCCCACCCCCGCUGUCCCACAAGACUUUGUAGACAAAGAUGUGACAGGUACCAGCUCUCUCGUCAAUGGUAACCUCCGAUUGUACAGCUCUGUGGGGGACCUAAGGCCUGGGCACUAUGGCCUGGACUUACUCAUCCCCCCGCCUCCCCCAGGCCCAGCCCCGAGGCCACCCCCAGACACCCUGCAGCCUCGAGGGGACUCACCACCCCCACCUCCACCUUCCACAACUCCCCCACCACCUCCCCUGCUGCUGGAACCCCCGCCCCCACCCCCACCCAGCAUGGCCCCCCCUCCACCCCCAGUACUGGAAACCCUAUCCCCUCCAUCCACUCAUUCCUCCCCAUCUACACCCACCCCUCCUGAUUUCAUUCCUCCUGCCCCACCCUCAGGCUUUUUAGCCCCCCCACCUCCUCCUUUGCCAGCCCCAACACCCCCAGCUCCAGUGUCUCCUCACACACCACAGGGGCCUCACCUCUUUCCCCCUGGGGGGAUCAUCAAGUGGAAAUCAGAGGUAGCACUGAAUGGCAGGCAGCCAGCAGCUCCCAGAACCAGCCCCCCCAGGAGCCCUGCUGAGACUAAGGGGAGCUCCCUGGGACCCAAGCUGGAGCCCCACCUCACCUUUCCCCGUUCACUCAAGGUGCCUCCCCCAACCCCAGUCAGGACUUCAUCCAUCCCAAUUCAGGAAGCACAAGGGGCUUCCCCAGAGGCAGAGGGGGCCACCAAGAAGGCCCCCAGCCGACUCCCACUGCCUUCUAGCUUCCACAUCCGCCCUGCAUUCCAAGCCUACCCCAACAGGAAGCCUGAGCCAGACAGUCCAGGGGAGCUCAGAGCAGCAGCACCAACCAGCCCAAGGCUGGGGGAGGCCCAGGCCCAGACAAAUGAACAUGCUGAGACUCCACCCCCAGCCCCUCCCCUGCCCCCGCCUCCACCCCCACUCCCGCCCCCAGCACCCCCCCUUCCCCCAGCUGCCCCUCCUUUGCCUUCUGCUGAGAAGGCAUCCCCCCCACUGAUUGGGUUUGCAAAAAGCUCCAAAUCUAGCUCUUCUGCUCCCAAACCCAAACCGCCCAGCCCAGAGGACACAGCCUGUUCAGCGCCCGUGGACUGGCGGGAUCCCAGCCAGAUGGAAAAGCUGCGGAACGAGCUGGCAGCCUAUCUUUGUGGCUCCAGGAGACAGGACGGAUCCCUCAGUCACAAGCCAGGCCCAACAGUGGCCACUCAGGGCAAAGAGGGCAAGAAGGGCCCCAGCCUGCUGGAGAAGGAGGCUCCCCCAAGCUUGCCAGAGAAGGAGUUCCCCCCAAGUGUUCCUGAGAAAAGUCCCCACAGCAGCAGCCUACCAGAGAAGGAAGUCACCACCAACGUGACCCUCCCCGCUGUAGACUACAGCCCCCAAGACUCCCUAACUCCUAGUGUCCGGCGGAUCCGGGAUGAGCUGGAGGCCCGGCUUUCCUCAUCUGCAGAGAAGGAAGCCAAGCCCAGCUUAAGGUCCUUGCCACCCAAGCCCCUGCUAGCAAGGAGCAGAAUCUUUGAAAAUGGGGCUGGUAAUGGGAAAUUCUCCAAGCCUAUGGCCAAAAAUGUGCCACCUGUAUCCACCACACCUCUGCCAAGCAGGCCACUCCAGCUCAAGCCCACAUCUGGGCCAGCCACGCCACCCAAGCCCACAUCUGGGCCAGCCACGCCACCCGAGGCCACCCCCGGGCCAGCCACGCCACCCGAGGCCGCCCCCGGGCCAGCCACGCCACCCGAGGCGACCCCUGGGUCAGCCACGCCACCUAAGGCCACAUCUGGACCUGCCAUCCCAUCCAUAGCCACAACUCUCUCUGCCACAUCAUCCCAGCUGAUGGCAGAAAAGUACCCAGUCCCUGCUGGGCAUGGGGAGAAGUCAGUGGAAUCUCAAGAACUUGCAGUGCCCUCCCAGCUACUGGCAAAGGGGCCUCCCUCAGAGGCCAGUAAACUGUCUACACAGGGAGUCCCCUCGCCUCCAGCCCUCCCACCAAAGACAGCCUCUGUCCAAGAAGAGGCGCUGUAUCUCUACAAGCCCCACAGCAGCCAGAAUAGCCCCAGCCGAGAGGUUGCUGUGGUGAUGCCCACCCUGGCCAGAGGAGAGGUUGCAGGGUCAGGGGAGUCUGUGGAGGUGAAGGAGCCCCAGGGGCUGCUAGCCAAGACCCCUGUCUCAGCCCCAUCUGCUGACAAAUUCUUCAGGCACCCAGUGACUGGGCAGGUGGUGGAGCAGGGCUCCCCGAUGGCCCUGCUCCUUGCAGCCCGGCAGAGGGCGCAGAAAGGAAGGCCUGGAGGGGCUGCCCUAUGUCGGUCCUCGCUGCCAGUAAGUCUCGGAGACCACAGCAGUCCAUCCGAGGCAGGCUCUGAUAGCGUCUUAUACAGUGAGGGCCGGCCCUACUCCUUCACUGUGGUUCCCAAGCUGCCGAAGGAAACCAAAAAGGACCUCCAGCUGGCGUCGUCAACCCAGCCCACGGUACCCAGUCAGUGGAAGCCCCGGCCCUGCAGAGACCCAGAGGGCACAGAGCCAGGCCGCUGGCACAACUGGACAAAGGCAGAGGAGCCCCAGGCCCCGGUGGCCUGGGAAAGAUCAGCUCCCUCCAACCUCCCGCAGGGCUGCCCGCUGCCCGAGUCCUUCUCCUCCCCAUUUUCUCCUUCCUGCAAGAGGGAGGAGGAGUUCAGCUUUGAGGUCAUCCCACCACCGCCAGAGUUCAGCAAUGACCCUGACUCCCCGGCCCGAAGGCUCCAGUAUCCGGGCCACCAGGGCUCCCCGCCCCGGAACAACUUCUCGGACUUGAGGCAGCCCCUGGACGCGGGACCCGCAGCCUCUGCGGCUCGUGGCUUCUCGUGCUUUCCCACAGGUGCGCGCGCCGGCAGUGGCCUCUCGCUCAUCAAGAAGCGCCUGUACAUCGGGGAGCCCCAGCGCAGCCCCGGGCUGCCCCGCGGCGGUACUGGCCGCAGCCUGAGCUCACCCAACUGCUUCGGGCCCCAGCCGGGAGGGCCUUUCGGAGCGUCUGGAGGCCCCGAGAUGCGACGCGUCAACUCGGCGGGCCGAGCGUCCCCCGGCGGCCUGCAGGCGCGGAGAGUACCCCUGGAGAGCUCGCGGGGCGCGCCCUACGCUGGCGGCGGCCGGGGAGCCGGAGAGGCCAAGUACAAAGCGCCCAGCGGCGACUACGGCUUCGCGCAUGCUGCCGGCAGGUCGCCCCACAGCAAGCCCCACUAUGGCAACCCCGUGAACACGUUCACCGUGAGGCCUGGCACCCACCAUCCCAUCUCCUUUGCCUACUCAGGGGCCUAUCGGAAAGCCAUGUCCUGAGACUGGGGUUGUCAAAGCACUACUCCAAGGGGUUGGUCUGGGCACUUGUUUUUGUGGGGGGCGGGAGUGACACAGAUGAGUCUUUGUUCCCUGAACACAGGUAGAGGGACAAAAGGAGAGACAGCGGCCCAGGGAAGACCAACAGUGGUAUGACUAUCGACUAUUUGCAGCUGGGGUAGGAGGGAAAAUGGAGGUGAGGAGGAGCCUGUACGGGCCUGGAGCCUGAAUUUCUGCUAUCUGGCACUGUCUGCUUUAGCAAGACUUAUUUAAAACAGUUUUACAAAGCAUGGCCUCCCAAGCAAGGUUCUGAAAGCAAGGGAUGAGGUGCUAAACUCUGAAUUGGAACCCAACAGGAUGGUGGUGAUGCAGGUUGGGGUGCAAGGAGCUACAGGUUGAUCUCUUUGGCUUCAACAAGUCCGCCAGUUGCCCUUUAAGAGGUGAUACCUGCGGUUCCUAGCAUAGAAGGCACGUGGGACCAGGAAUGUGCAGGGCAUGUGGAGAAGGGACUAGAACAGAAGUGCUUUGCAUUGGCCAUGGGCAGGCAUGGGGGAACUGACGGUUCAUAUUGCCCUGGGCCUGGCCCUAGCUACAGGGAGGCUUAGAGGAGUCUUGGCAAGUGUGGGAUAAGAGGCAGAUACUUCAGUGCUGGACCACAUCUUUUCCUUUUGGGCCCUGGGGGAGAUGGGAAGGGUGACGAUUAACCAGCUGCAGAUAUUAACCUCACCUCUCUCCUGCUCCCCACCUCUAGGUCUCCCCACAGCACCCCCUACUACUUUUCUACUCAGACCCAUGUGGCUAUGACUUUGGGGGUUGGACCAGAAGAGCCAGGGGUUGAUACCAGAGGCCUUACAUGGCCAGGUCCUAUAUGGCACUAGGAGGAGACCCCAUCCCCAACCACCCUUCACCACCAGGUCACCAAUAUUAUUGAUGCCAGAAGGCCAUGAAGAGUGGGAAUAGGGGCCUGUGAGGAGUUGGCUGCUCAUGGGGGUGUGUUUUGGAAAGUCAGGAGUGGCAGGACUGGACCAAUAGUUCAAAGCAGGGAAGGCCUAUCAGUAGGGUGGCCGUUUCAUCCUUUGCCUGGGCACCCCAGGUCCAUGCCUGGUUACCAGUGACUUAGACCCUCUUCCAUCUUAAAAAAUGCCCUGGUUUGGAUGAUACAUGGUCAUCAAACAUAUCAGGAAACAAUAUUCCUUGUCUUCCCUGUCUUCAGGUCCUGGAGGGUUGAAUUCCUGGGACCAGGCCAAGCCAGGCUCCCUCACUGAGGAGGAAGGGCAGGGGAGUGAUCCACCUCAAAAAGCAGGCUGGUAGGAGGCAGCCAGGAGGCUGUUCCCUUUGGGGGACAAGAUGUUGGAUCCUUAGGAUUUGUGGUAACUGGGACAGCAGGUGAACAGCUUUAGGGAAAGAGAGUGCUGAGGCCAGCCACCCUGAUGUGUCAGAAUCAGGUCACCCGUGUUCAAGAAGCAAACCCCACCUCAGCGCCAGCACUCUCUCUAUGGAUGUGUACAUAAUUUCCCUGUACGAUGUUUUAUAAAAAAAAAAAAUCCCUAAUUUAUCUGCUGUGUUAAGGCUUGAGGGGUGGGGUGUGGACUCCCAGCUGUACAUUUCUCUGGGGGUAGGCAGGGAAGGGCUGGGUCUCACUUGGCUUGGGAAGUAAUCAGGCCAGUUUGGACUGGCCUCCAGCUCUGCAGCUGUGGAUGGAUGACUGGGAGAUGUCGGGGUGUGAUGCCACCUUGAGGUUGGGAAGCUCAGCUGAGGAGGGCUGAGCCAAGGGUGGAGUUUGAACUGGUGAGGCAUUUUUGCCGGGCCAGACUUUUUCUUCUGACCUUGAGGUUUUCUGGGUCUUCGAAUCCCUGAAGGGGGAGGAGCAGAACUGAAGUCAUGUUUAAAAAAAAAGUCUUUAAGCAAGUCUCUGGCUGUCUGAACCUCAGUUUCUUCUUCUGUAAAACGGGCGUGAUAAUAAUACCUACCUCAUAAGGCUGUUGUGAAGAUUAAAGACAGUCAUUCGUUUACUAACUGUGAGUGCCUACUAGAUACCAGGCACUGCAUGCUCCCACACUGACAUGACCCUUGCCCUUGCCAAGACUACGGUCUAAUAGGUAGAGAGAGAAUAAAAAGAGAACAUACAGAACCAUCACAUUGUGACAAAAAGAGAAUAAUGGAGUGGGGGAGACGAGUGGAUUUACUCUAGCAGGAUGGUCAGGGAAGGCCUCUUGAGGUGGUGACAUUUAUCCCACACAUGCCCCACACUCAGUAAUUGCUCAAUAAAAAGUAUCUUUGGGUGAUGACUGCCUUACAUUCAUGGCCCUCCUCUGAACCUUUGACGUGGUAUCUUCUCUGAACCUCCUACCUCACCUACCUGUUCGACGGAGCUGUUCUUGCAACACACACACACAACUUUUGCCAGAAGAAGAAACUGAGAACCAGAGAUGUCAUCUCGAGACAAUGGAGAGAGAGAACUGUUUCCUCCUCUGAAUCCUUUGUGGGGGGUUGUUGGGGAAGGGCGACUGGGAGGAUGACUCAUUUAUUUGGCAACGUGUGCUUCCAGGAAGGGCCUCCCAGGCCUCUCCCAUCUCUGGGGCUCCCUUGUUCUCCUGUCUCUUACUGUCUUCCCACCCUUCACCAUGAUGCCCUCAUCCUGUAACUCAGAAAAGACAGGCCCCGGCACCCAGUAGGGCUUAGGAGGUCUGGUUUCUUCUCCCUGUUGUCUCCUCACCCUUCACCUCACCUGACAGGCAGUAGAGAGCAGUGAAGUGAACUAAGGGGUGGACAACCAGGGAUACAUGUCCUGGCUCUAUCUCUGACCAGCUACAAAGUGGGGAGUGGGGUGGACUUGUGCUGUGGGUGUUAAACUUUGUUGAGCCUCAGACCUCUUAGAGAAGCUGCAGAGAGCUGGAUCCUCACCCCCAGAAAGAUGCUACAUGUGCAUUUUUACACAGUAUUGCAGGCAAUCCACAGAUCCCCCAAAUUUGGGCUCCAUGGACUUCGAGUUGAGAACUCUUGGAUGUGACAGUGGUCACCUUAACUACCAACUUAUUUAUCUCUCAUUUACUCACAAAAUAUGAUAUGUUGGGAAAGUAACACUCCUAAUUCCAUUUUGUAGAGGAGGAAAUUAAGGCUCUAAGAAGAAAAGUGAGUUGCUCAGUAGAGCCUACGUGACUCCAAAACCCGUGUUCUACACACUUUGUCACAGCUGCCUCCUUUCUCACCCAUUCAUCCUGCUACACCCCCAAUUUAUAUCUUUCCAUCAAAGUAGAGGUGGGGGAGGAGCUGAGGAGGGCAAAGCUACUCUGGAUGGGCAGGAGUGGAGCAGCUUAACCACACCUUGGUUUCUGAAGCGUCCCCAUGUCCCAGUGACCAGAACCCCACCUCUCUUGUGUGGCCCUGGGCAACAGCUGGGGCAGGUUCCAGGGAACACUGUGCUAUAUAAUCCUGGGGUCUGGCGUCAGCAAUGUGUGAAAAGGCCCGUCCUCCAAACCUUUUCUGGAUUAGCCCAGCUUCUGGGCCCAGGCUUGUUUAAGGAAGACAGGCUUCCUCAUUUCCUGUGAGCCUUGGGCUCGCUUCUGGGGGAAACAAUAGAUAGAAGCAACUUUGGAACUCAGAGGUGUGAGGGAGAGGUCACUACACUGCUGAGCUACCACACGGGCCUGCCCCUGCCUGCUGGCCCCAUCUGCCCACCCCCAGAGGCCUGUGACAGCUUUCAUCUCUGCCAUCAAAGGUGAUGCCGGUACCCCAUCAUUAGGCAGCUCUCUGAGAUGGGUGGCUACUGAUACCAGGCAGAGAGCCUGAGCUGUCCCCCUCUACAGCCCCAGGGAUGGCCAGCUGCAGAGGACCUGCUGUUGGGGCCUCUGGGGGUGUCUUUGGCCAGGAAGGUAAGAGAAGGUGCACUUCUGGGAGUGCAGGGAAACCAAAGUAAUACAUUCUUCACACUCCUCAUUUACACGGGCUUGGAGAGCCCUGUACGUAGCCCGGAGGAGCCAC